ACCACCGGGAAAAGGUAAGUAAAAACGGGGGUUUCCCGGGGAAAACGGGGUACUUGGCAGCUAUGUAUGGUCGUUUCUCGGAUGGCAUCAUGGCAGCGACAGCCGUGAGAUGGGAAGCGAUGAAGAUGCAUUGAUGCAAUCUUUGUGUUGCUGUUUGGCCCGCAGAGCCGAGGUUUCAGAGGCUGAAUGGGAGAGGAAAAAUGAUUUGCUGGAAGAAGGGCCAGUGGAGAUCCCAGAGCUGGAUGACAGCAAGACCUCAGAAGCCAAGUUCCCUUCUAUUUGCCUCAGGGAGCUGUAUCCGAAGCUCGCAAAGGAAUUUGACUAUCUGCGGCUGGUCGAGCGGAUUGCAGCUUUGUUCAUCCGUUUCCUGGGCGUGAAGGGGACGACAAAAUUGGGACCCACGGGCUUCCGGAUGUUUAUAAGGAACAGCAAGCUAAGCAACAGCGAGUUCAGCAUGGCUUCCGCAGACAUCCUGUACAUUGACAUCACCAAGAAGCAGCACGGUCUCGCGACAGACCGAGAUGCGAUUGCCACAAGCGGUGAGCGGCAACUGGCGGAGAUCAGCGUAACGUAA